CGUCAACAAGCAAAGAGAAAAAUAGAGAACCACCAAAGUCGAAUGGCCAAAAUUCUGCCAUGGCUUCUACCAUGGAUCUUCCACUCAGCGGAGAGUCUCAACCAAGUGAAAGUAGUGCAGCGGAGUCAGAUGUAACUGCCAGUAGUAGCAUGGACACUCGUGGACCUGUUGCUCCAGAGCCAGAAGGAUCCAGCUCGCGAAGGGACAAUGGUGAUAGAAAACGCAAUCCGAGGCAGCCAUCUCAACUGCAGCGGCAAAUAGAACGGCAACGUAACAUGUCACGGAAGAUGGCGCCCAUCACAUCGCCACCCAGUAGUUCUGUGAGGAUGAUGCCCAUGAACAGAAUGGUCGUUCCCUCCGAGCGAAAUGGGGAUUAUCGUCAGGACACACAAGCGCUAGUCGGCUGGGACAGCGGAGACAGCAUGGAUGAGUUUGACCUGAGCGCAUCGCGGUCCAAAAGGGUACAGAAUGAUGUACAGCAGCAGUUACUGAAAGAUGGCUACCGACUAGACGAGGUAUCAGAUGAUGAUGAUCUCGACCUUAUACCGCCCCGCGCUCAGCCAGCUGGCUGGAUUCCGUGCCAGCCGACAAUGUGUUCCGAAUCCUGCUCUAUCAUGUGAUGCUCGUGCGCGCUCGUUUGCCUUGAAACUUAACCCCGCAGUCCCGAGCUCGCUCCCAUUCAUUGACGGCGACCCAAGAUGAUGUGUGCUCAGCUGUCCUGGAAUAAGAUGUGCCAUGUAAGUCCUGUGCUGCUGCGCACGUUUCCUGUACACAAGCACACCAUUACCCACUGGCUCUAUACGGACCCAUGAGACUCUGUGUACAUGCGGCCAGAUCACCUGCCAAUUGUUACACCCCGCGCAGGUGUUAAUUAUUUGUAUUACCGUACCCUUCAUUUCCGCCUAUUUGCUCACCAGCGACUGAACUAUGUUGAUUUGAUACCCCCAAUUUAGCUGCUGCACCACACUGUCACAUCUACACUGUUCUACUCUUGAUCGUUUGCUGCUGGUUGGUAAACUGUUCUUCCACGUUUCUGCUGAGCAAAAAGCCGAAGGAAGAGUCUCAUGAAACUCCAUGCACCGGUGCACAUUGUCCAGCAUUAUGGCUUGCCAACACAGAACACCCCUCCCCCCCCCCCCCCCACAAGCCCAAUUGUAGUAUCAUUUUUUAUCUAGCUCCACUAGUUUUUGACCGAGCUGUAUUUAUAUUUUUCUUUCAUGUUUUGCUAGUUGCACUGACUAUGCGUGUCGUCUUUGUAGCCCGUUAGUUGGGCUCUGCUGUUUAUGCCGUCUAUUGUGCUCUGCUGUUUGUGCUCUGCUGUUUGCGCCGUCCGCUAUACUGAGUUACUAGGUUCUCACCCAGUUCCAGCUACUGUACAUUCGCUUCUCCUAGUAUUGUGUAGUACAUAUAACCAUAGUCUUUGGCCUUUUAUCGUUAUUUUUCCAUCUCUGCUGAUUGUUAUUCGGGCAUGCAGGUUAUGCAGGGAGGUCAGGGCGAGUAGUUGACAAUGCACCCCUAGCUGUUGUGUUUUUCGACUAAUCUCUCUCUGUCUGUCUCUCUCUCUCUUUGUCUCUCUCUCUCUCUUUGUCUCUCUCUCUCUCUCUCUCUCUCUCUCUCUCUCUCUCUCUCUCUCUCUCUCUCUCACACACACACACACACACGCACACACGCACACACACACACACACACACACACACACACACACACACACACACACAGAAACACACACACACACACUCACACACACUCACACAAUUUCUCUCCUUUCUUUACAUCUCUCUGCAUACCGUAGGCUGACCUUGCAUUUCGUAGCUCUGCGCUGGCGAUUUUCAGCUAUCACCUAGCAAAGGUUGUUGCCUAUAAGUAUAAGUUACUGACAGUUUUAUUUUCAUUUUAUUCUUCAACUUUAAUGUCUGGUGUACAUAUUAUUAUGUUGCGUUUGGAUCAGUCAUGUCCGUCUUCUAGUUGAGAAACUGUUUAUGGCUGUCCUAAGCUAAACUCCUUA